CUGGGUACCUCGAGCGGGGAUCCCCUCGCGACCCAGGCUGAGGUUCUGUAUCCAGCGCAGUGGUUCAAAGUCUGGGGCGUCUCGCUGUGUCUUUGCAGGAGUUCAAGGCUUCAUCAUGGACCCGGAGUGUUCCCGGCUUCUCCCAGCCCUCUGUGCCAUGCUGGCCGACUCCCGGCAGUCUGUGGCCGACGACACUUGCCUGGAAAAGCUGCUGGACUGGGUCCGAACAGUGAUAGAGGCAGGGCCCUGUGUUUCCCUGCUGCAGGCUCAUCCUUGCCUUCGGGAGUUGCUGCUGCACGUGUCGUGUGUCCCCGAGCUGAGCGCCUGUGUCGUGUCCUUUGCUUUGCGCCUGGCCGGGCUCCUGGCCGCAGAUGAGGGCGGCUUCCAGUUUCUUCAGCAGGAUGACCUGUUGCUUCAGCUCUUUGGGGAGGGAGGUGCCCCCCGACAAGCCUUCUGGGCCGUCCCCAGUGUGCGCAGUGGCUGGAUUCAUGGCCUGCGUUCCCUCACCCAGCAUACCCUGGCCCUGGACUUCCUGGACACUCUGGGUGCCCUGGACACCAUCUUCUCCCUUCAGGGAGAUCCCAGCCUGUUUGUGGCCUCCGUCGCUGGCCAGCUCCUCGCCCACAUACUGGCUCUGUCCCUACACAAUGCACAGUCCACUGAGUGGCCGCCGAGUGCCAGGAAGAUCACAGCCCACCUGGAGGAGUCUCUGCACUCUUUGACCACCCCACGAGUCACUCAGGCCUUCCAUGUGCUGACCACUACACUGGGCCAUAGCCAUGGUCCCUGGAUACGGACCCUGUGGGCACAGCUGAGCCCCUUGGUGACUGGUCUGCUGGCCGAGGACCCUGUUCCCGCUGCUCAUGACCUGGUGGACCUGCUGCUCAGUGUGGCCUGCUCCCCCGUGUGCAGUUCUGAUGCUGGCCUGUGGGAGAUGUUGAUACAGGCACUGAGCUGCCUGCGCCCCACACAUGCAGGAUCUCUGGCCUUGGGGAUCCUGAAACUGCAGGAAUGUCCACAGCCACUGAGGAUUCAGGCCUUUAGUGUCCUCCUCCAGCCCCUGGCCUGUGUUCUGGAAGCCACAGUGGAGACCCCGGCAUUAGAAGACUUGCCAGCAGGGACAGCAGGGGAUCCAGCGAUGGUGUCUGUGCUCCUGUCCUCCAAGGCGGCCUGCUCGGGGCUGCUAUGCCGGACUCUGGCCCAUGUGGAGCUGCUGCAGUCACUGCCCCAGCAUCCCUCACCCUGGCCACAGGCCCCACUGCUGGCUGCCACCCUGACGAUUCUGCGCCUUUGUGAGGGCUCAGUAGAGCCCACCUCCGACACGGGUACCCAACUCAGCGCCUUGCUGGUGGGCUGUGUGCGAGUGCAGAGGGCAGCCCUGGACUUUCUGGGCAUGCUGGCUGCAGGCAAAGGCCCUCCCGAGCUGGUGGUGUCUGUGUUCACCGUCCUCCUGGAUUAUCUGCAGAGUCCUGAGUCCAGCCCAACGGUUCUGAAGAAGACCUUCCAGGCUGCGCUGGGCUGGCUAGUGACCCCCGAGACCACCAGCUGUUGUGACCUAGACACUCCCACCCAGGUCUUCUUUGAAGAGCUGCUCCCUGUGCUGCAGAAACGCCUAUGUAGCCCCAGCUGGGAAGUGCGAGACUCAGGCCUGGAGUUCUUGGGUCAGGUGGCCCGGCAGCUGGGUGGACAAGCCAGUUUCCGACAGGCGCUCUUGGCCUCGGAGGUACCAGCACUUGCCCACCAGCUCCUGCGAGACCCCGAAAGCUACGUCCGUGCUAGUGCAGUGACUGCCUUGGGGCAGCUCUAUUUUGGGGGGCUUCACAGUGCCCCAGGGGGUCCACAGGGUCUGCUGGAGGAGCUUCUGUGUAUCCUCACUGCUGAUGCAGAUGGUUUCCCGCGUCGGGCUGCCAUGCAGGUGCUCACACAGUGGGUGCGGGAUGGCCAUGCCACGGUGGCCACCCAACUUGAGCCCCUGGUCGCCAGGGCUCUGCAGGCAGCUGGUCGGGACCUGGACUGGGAGGUGCGGGCCCAGGGUGUGGAACUGGCACAUGUGUUCCUGUCCCAGAUCCUGGGCUUGCCUGUUGCCCCUUGCCCCUAUGCCCCAGCCCUGCCGGCCGUGGCCCCGAAGCAGCUCCUGGCCCAGGCCCUGGAGACCCUCUGCCGCGUGCGGCUCUUUGACUUCGCCUUUCGAGCCCUGUUUGACUGUGACCGGCCUGUCGCCCGCAAGUCCUGUGCCCUUCUUCUCUUCCUGAGGAAUCACACGGCUCCUGAGGCCAUGGAUUGUCCUGCUUCGGCCAACAUAGAUGCCGCCCUGCAGAGGUGGCAGGUGGGAGAGCAGGGCCAGCCCCAGGGGAAUCUGGAGCCUGAGGCUGUAGGGGAUGCCCUGGAGCCUGAGGCAGCUCUGGCCGUGCUGUGGGCCCUGGAUCUGGAGCAGCUGCAGGAUGUGCUAGCCCUGAGCAGUGACCACAUAGAGAAGAGCGGCCUGUCGCUGCUGCAGGACAUGCUGGCCUCGGCGGGCACUACAGGGGAGAAUGAGGCUGACUGCUACUGAGGGAGGGCUUCUGGGUGUUUCUCCCCAAACAUAAAUGGAACCUUGAUGUGC